CGCAGUGCAAGGAUCGCAAUGGCAACUGCGGAAGUGUUGUGCGGUCAAGAACAACAAUUGACAGAGGAUGACGCUCUUGAUGAAAUUCCUCUUAGUAAACGGAUGGAGAAGGUUCAGUUUUUUGGGUUAACAAUGCGUACUGCCAUUAUGCCUGGAUGGCUUUACUGUGGAGAACAAGACAUGGAUAUAUGAGCUGUUUACCAACACCGAGUAGUUGCGUAGCACGCAUGUUGAGAUAGCAAUGUAUUUCCUGGAGGUGAAAGGCAGACAGUACAAUCACCUGCAGAUGUACACGACAACGAGUCCUUACUUCUUACAUGGGUUGCAAAACCACCAAGAACUGGUUAAUGUUGGUCGGGCGAAGAAGGAGGAAGUCAUCAAUAAUCUGAACCUAACUAGCGAGGUCAAUGGAUUGGCGCGCGAAUAUGCCAGGCCAUGGUCUGUGUGUGAUUUUGUGUAUAUGCCCCUUAAUACCGGUGACCACUGGGUCUUACUUGUCCUGGAAGUGGAAGGAAGGACUAUACGGGUGUAUGAUUCAAAAGGAAGGAAAGGAAAGGGGUGCAGGGCAUUAAAUACGUUUAUGCAAUGUAUUACAGAAUUGCUUCCAGUCCUCCUUGAUAUGUUGCAUGUGUACGACGAGCACUCCGAUGGACCGAUGGGCAAACGAAAGUUCUGUAUCGAGGCAGUUGAUGGUUGUCCGCAGCAAGAUGACGGUGUAAUUGUGGAAUGUUUAUGCUAAAGUUUGCGGAGUACCUGAUGAUGGACGGGGACAUCACUGAGGUGCAUUCACGCGACAUGGAGAGGUAUCGGGUUAAAAUGACUACGGAGCUCAUGGUUUAUAGUAAGGAGCAGAAAGAGAAGGCCGGAUAGAAGUAGGCAUAUGGUGUGAUUGUGCACGACAUGUUCUAUAAGAAGGUGGAUUUGGUGUCUAUGAUUAUUGCUUUCCCGAUAUUAUUUUGGGGCAGACACUGACAUUUGG